AUGAUGAAGCUUAUCGUCGUCCUUGUUGCCUGUCUGGCUGUUGCUACUUACGCCAAACCCAUGGGGUACGGUAUAGGCAUGUACGGAGGCAUUGGUGGCCUUGGCUAUGGUAUGGGAGGCCUGUACGGAGGCAUGGGCGGCUUUGGCUUUGGAGGACUGUACGGCGGUAUGGGUCUUUAUGGAGGUUUUGGAGGAUUGUACGGAGGCAUGGGAGGACUGCACGGAGGCAUGGGAGGACUGUACGGUGGCAUGUACGGAGGAAUGGGAUUUGGCAAAGGAAUUGGAACAGAAUAA